AUGACAACAAGUUCCUCAGAAGAGAAAUGGGAGCUUUCAGACCGUAGUAAUCCAGAGGAAGAAGGAGAAGAAGAAGAAGAAGGAGAAGCAUUAUCCCUCUGUGAUUUACCAGUCAAUAUGGUGAAAGAAGAGAACAGCCAAUCAAGGGGAGAUCCAGAAGCUCAUCAAGAAGCUGAAACAAAUCAAGAAGAUUUCGACUUUGAUCCCUGCAGGGGUGGUUAUGGCUCUCUUUCUAACAAAUCAGAUAUGUGUGCAGCUGAUGAUAUUUUCUUUCAAGGUCAAAUUCUCCCUCUUCGUCUCUCAGUUAGCUCAGAAAGUGGUGUAAACAAGUUCAAGAAUGAUAGCAGCUUGAACCCAAGCCAAUCCCCAUCAAGGUCAGAGUCCAUGGACCACAAUUCACUUGGGGGUUUCACAAGUUUCAGUAGCAGAAGCAGUAGUAGCAGAAGUCAUUACUCAUCAAGCAGCAGCAGCACAAACACUGCUAUUGCCAGCACAAGACUGAUAAAGCCAAUAAUUGAAAACCAGUUCCUAACCCAUCCAAGUCCAAAGCCUCUAAUUAGACUUUCCAGUACAUCACUGGGAAAUAUUGCAGCGAGUAACAGACCAAGAAAUUCUUCAGUUUGGGACUUUUUUAGACUGGGUUUGGUCCGUACACCAGAGAUUGAAUUGCAAGAUCUUAAGGUUCGUAAUUCUGUUAGUAUGAACAGUAGCUCUAGUAUCAGGAACAGUAAUACAAUCAUCAAGAAGAGUAGCAAAAUUAAGGUUAGCAGUGACAGUAGUAAAAGUGGUCGCAAGAUGAAGAAUGUGAGUAGUGAUAGUAUUGGGAAGAAGAUGGAGGAACAGAGUUUGUUGGAGAAAAGAGGAGGUUUAUUAAGUGGUUGCAGCUGUUCAGUUAGUGCCGUGAAACCAGUUCCAUUGAACAAUAUUGUUGUCGUGAAAAGCAGUAAGAGUACUAGUAGUACUCGUAGUGCCGGAAAUGACAAUAAUGAUAAAAGUAAAAGAGGGCCCAUAGAGCUAGAGGAGAAGCUGCACGAGUUGAAGAUGAAGGAAAGAAUGGUGCAAAAGCAUCAGCAGCAGCAAGGAAAGCAAGCUAUGUCAAGUCAUCGAACGUUUGAGUGGAUAAAGGAGCUUUCACAUGCUACCUAUCUUGAUCAUGAAGAGGAAGCUAUCAAGACUCUUUUCUGA